GUUCGUUUUAAACAGCAUUAACAAUUAACACCAUGUCUGGAAAGAAGAAGGCUCAAAAGAUGUCCCUGUCCGACUUUUUGGCAGAUGAUUCCAAGGGCUCCUGGGCCGAUGAGAUGGCUGAUUUGCCCUCAGCACCCUCUGCUACCGAUAGACCUUCCCGUGGUUUUGGUGGUGGAGACCGUUUCGAACGCGAGCGUGAGUUCGAACCUCUUCCCCGUGGUUCUUCAGGUGGUGGUGAGGAUCGUUUCCGUGGUGGUGAAGACCGUUUCUCGUCUUCCCGCCCUGGUGGCUUUACCCCUCGUGCUCCUGUAGACCUUCCUACUGUGCCUCCAUUCACUGCUCACAUUGCCAACCUCUCUUUCGAGGCUGGAGAAGACGACCUUUCUGACUUCUUUGGUAAACUUAAGAUCUCUAGCAUCCGUAUCCUCCGGGACCGUGAUGAGCGUUCCAAAGGUUUCGGUUAUGUCGAGUUUGAGGAUUUGGACUCUUUGAAGGGUGCCCUUGAAUUGUCUGGCGAGUCUCUCCAGAACCGUUCUAUCCGUGUUAACAUUGCUGAGCCUCCCAAGGAGCGCUCUGACCGUCCUGAGCGCGGACCUGACCGUACAGAUGUCUCCACAUGGCGCCGUACUGGUCCUGUUGAGAGCCGUGACCCUCCUCGCCGUGAGUUUGGCAACAGAGAAUCCCGUGGCGCUCCUCAUGAGCGCAGUGAACGCGGUUUCCCCGAGCGUCGCACAGAUACCUCCUGGGGUGGCGGAUCCAGCGGAUUUUCCCGUAACAACGAUCGUGCUGGAGGCCGAUCUGAGGCCCCUGCAGAGCGCCCUCGUCUCCAGUUGAAGCCUCGCACAGUUGAUACCUCCGCAAAGGCCGACGGUGCUCACGCAAGCAGCAAACCUAGUCCCUUUGGUGCUGCCAAGCCUGUCAACACCGACAGCGUAUUGAAGCGUAUUGAAGAGAAGAGAUUCGGACAGAAGGGCAAGGAGGAGUCUGCCAGCGGACAGGAGCCGUAAAGAAAUAAUAAUUAUAUUGUCCUUGCAUCCCCUUUACAUAUUAAAAUGAAAAGAAAAAAAGAAUAUAGCCUUAUUUACCAACAAAAAAGAACAAGAGUAAUGAAUCUGAUCUUGGUAAAUAUAAAACAUACAUAAAAAUAUAAGCAUUUUUUGAGAUAGG